AUGGAGGAACAGAAAGCACAAAUUCAAUUAAAGCAAGAAGAGAAUAACUACCUCCAAAGUAACCAAGAAUCAGAUUCUACCCAGCAACGCCUCGAUGACCAAGAUGCCAGACCCUCACAGCCUAAUGUUACCACCGACAAUGUUAUUGCUGGCGAAGGCAUUGUUAAAGUCGAACAACAUACAAAAGAGGAGCAAGAGACUAUUACUACUAAUAAUGGACAAAAUGAUAAUGCUUUGAUGGUUUCUAGGAUGCGAGGGCAAGACUCUCCUACUCAAAUGCAUAGUAUUACUACUACAGAUACUCCACCACCCGAGGAAGAAAAUGUACGCGUGUUUGUUGGAAGCCUUGCCUGGGAGGUUAAUGAUAAUGAUUUGAAACGAAGAUUCUCCGAGUUUGGUGAAGUCAGGGAAGCUGUUGUUGUUCGCGAUAAAUCAAAUGGCAAUAAGGGUUAUGGAUUUGUGACUUAUUAUGAUGCGGAAUCUGCAGCAAAGGCAGUCAAUGGAAUGGUAAAUGAAAGUAUUGGUGGUCGCUCUGUUCGUAUCGAAUUUGCAGAAGUGAGAUAUAGACCAAGACACAGAGAUAGUGAUUCUUGGAGUUCAAGUCAACAUCGUGAAUUAACAUCACCUGUUCGACACCGAAGUACUGAAGAUAACAUAGAAAGAGAAGUUGCUAUUAGACUACAGAAUAUCAAUGAAGAUAGUCAUGUUGCUCUUAUAUCACCUUCAAUUAGACAUCAAGGAGAAGACGAACAUACUCAGGAAUCAUCAUCUUCAAUGAGGGAUCGAAGUAGCGAAAAGGAACAUUCUCGUACUUCAUUGACUUAUAAUAAUAGAAGUCGAAGUUAUUUGGAGGAUAAUCCUGAACUAUCUUUAAAGUAUCGAGGAGAUUUAGAUGAUCGUGGAUAUGCUCGUGAUCGAUAUUUUUCUUCUAAUGAGUAUACACGUGAACGUUAUUAUGUGCGAGAGCGUGUUCAUGUUUCAGGAGGUUCAUAUCCAAUUAGGGAGCGUCUUAAUGAAAAGGAGCGUGAUGGAUUUUUGAAGAACCGAGAGCGAGCCCAUGAAUUUGAACAUAUUCGAGAUAGUAGAGAAGUCAUCAAUUCGGACAAGCUUGCACGUGAUGAAUAUGUCACUGGAGAGCAUAUUUGUAUAAAGGAUUAUCCGGGUGAUUAUGAUCAAAGUGGAUCAUCUGUGCAUGACAACAGGAAUAAUGAUAAUAAAGAGCAAGGGUCUCGUAUUGAACAGCUUAAUGAAUCUGCAGGUCAAAUAGUAACUGCAGCUGAAAUCGUUGGUCGUCCUGAAGAAGGUACAGAGAAAUUUAUAGAAGCAAAAGGGGAAAAUCAAAUUCAUGAUAAGAAGAAGGAACAACUGACUCUAACUCGUUCGAACUCAGUUGCAGUGCUAGAUUACAAUGAAUCAAUUCCACAACAUAAACUAUCUGAAAAUCGUAAUGAGAAUGAAUGGUAUGCUGAUAAAAAAUUUCGUUUCAACAGGGAUCCCCAAUUAGAUCAACGAGGAAAUCUCGAUUAUUUUCGAGGACGUGGGCGAGAUCAAAGAAUUGAAUUUGAAGACAACGUGAAUUUCUGGAACGUCAACUAUAGUAGGGAGUCCGAACGUGUUUCUGUUCCAUAUCAUGAACAUCCUAAACAACAUGCAUUUGUUCGUCCUCCUUAUUAUGAAUAUGGAAGACAGAAUGAAAGAAGACGCGUCUCUCACAUAGAUUUCCCCAGGAUUACUGAAUAUAAAGCAAGAGAAGCUAUCGAGAGAGAACGUUCCCGUGAUCAUGAUCUACGUGAGAGAGAAAGAUAUCAUCGAGAUUAUGAAUUGGAUGCUUAUCACCGUGGUUCUCCAAUUACUAAUAAUAAUAUAACGUAUAGGGAUCCUGCUAGUAAACGUGUUCCAUAUGAUUACUAUUAUUCCUCUUCGGUGAUGCCUCGUACCGCGAGGAGAUCAAUUUCACCUCGUCGCCCUAAUGUGCGCAGAUCUUUAUCACCUCGUGGGAAUAAUUAUUCUUUGCGUAGGUCAUUAUCACCUAGGCGUCCAUUGCCAGUUCCUCCUUAUAAUAAAGGUAGAUAUAACAAAUAUGAAGGAUCUGGGAUACGAAAUAGUAAUAAUCACUAUUAUCAAGAGUCUCGCCAAAGAAUACCAUUAGAUACUAAUGAAAGCACUAUGGAACCUGAAAAUUACAAGCCUAUUAUUAAUGGGCAAGACGAAAUAUCUAAUGAUAGCAGGCACUGGGAUUCAAAGAUUACAGAUACGCUUGCAGAACAUAGUAUUGGAAGCACUAGUACAAUUGUUGCCAGCAUAAGCGGUGCUCCUGCGGCUGUUCCUCCUUAUGAGAUGAAUACUGAACAAGCACAUGAAUCUACUACUAAUUCUGGGCACCAAGAUUCACGAUAUUGGAAUGAUGUUAAAAAAGAAGUUAAUGAUUCGAACGUUGAAGUAACUUCUAAACCACAGCAAAAAGAUUCUCGAGAAUCUGAACGUUAUCAUCUCUGGAAUACGGAAACAGAUGCAAGAUUACAAAACAUUGAACGAGGGCAUCGCGAAGGAGGCGGUAGUGGUGUCAACUCCGAAAUCGAAUAUAAAUUCGGGGCUCAUAAACAAGCUGGAUAUGAACGUGAAAGACAUGACAGAAACUGGGAAAUGGAUUUAGAAAGUGAAAGACCAAUAACUCAUAAAAAAGAAUUUAUUAAUGAUCCGAAACACCGGAUGACUGAUUAUCAGGACGACCUUAGAAGAGAACAAUAG